AUGGUCAAUGCUAACGUUUUCAAAAUAUUUGCUAUUUUUGCAGGAAGUGGGCAAAUCCAGCUGUGGCAGUUUUUGCUCGAGUUGCUUUCGGACACUGGAAACUCCAACUGCAUCACGUGGGAAGGCACUAAUGGCGAGUUCAAACUGGUAGACCCGGACGAAGUGGCUCGACGGUGGGGAGAAAGAAAAAGCAAACCUAAUAUGAAUUAUGAUAAACUGAGUCGAGCUCUGCGCUACUAUUACGACAAGAACAUCAUGACCAAAGUGCAUGGCAAGCGAUACGCCUACAAGUUCGACUUCGCCGGCCUCGCCCAGGCCAUGCAGCCGUCCACAGCCGAUCCAACGGCCUACAAAUACCAACAAGAUAUACUUAUGUCAACUUACCACCACAACAGUAAACUAAACUUCAUGAACGCUCACACCCCGGCCGGCUCCGGUUUGUUCUCGACAGCUUCUGGUUACUGGGCCGGGCCCGGUUCAAACAUAUACCCGAAUAUUCCUAACCAUUCUAUGACGCACCAUGGACACGUAGCAUCACAUUUUGGUACAUAUUAUUCAUCGACUUGGAGUGGUUGA